AUGAGAUCAUCGUUCGGUGUAUAAUUCAAAUCUAGUGAGACUGAAGGGGAAAAGACUACUAAUGGCAUAGAUAUUGGAGCUAUCAAUAAUUACUGGUUCAGUCAAAUUCUAUUAGAUGCUGAGGGAUAUAGAGGUUCUGAGACAGUCUAUGAGUUCUAAAGCCAAAUAUCAUGGGUAAAAGAUGAAAAGAAGAAGAGAAAGACAGCGAGAAAUUUAUCAUAAUUCUCCUCAUUGAUGCAAUCUCUGUGUCUGCUUCGAAUAUGUGAUGUACUGUUUGUAAUAAAUAUAUUUGAUGACAACUGGCAAGAAUUCGAAGAUUUUCUAGAUGCUUCAGAAAACUUUAAUCAAGUUAACAAAUCUAGCUCCCCGACAACAAUAAUAUAUCUUAUCAAGGGUGCCGAUAAUCUUCAUAAAUAGAAUACAGGAAUUAGAAAUCUUAAGUACUUUAUAAAUAGAGGUGAGGAUAGUGGUAAACUGAAGUAAAGUUUUAUCGUACAUUUCUUGCCUGCUUACAACGGAAGUGAUAAAGAAUAUAAAUCGAAAAACUAACCUAUUCUAGAUAUCGUGGAUAAGAUAUUCAAACUACAUUAAGUGAAUCAUAACUACAAAAGCAAUUUCAUUUAGACUAUCAAACUUUUCACCUCUAAGAUAAAUAGUAUUAAUGGGCUCAGGGAACUAAUAGCCUCUCCAAUUUUAUAAGCCAAUGAAAUAAGAUUUAACGCAGUAUUUCCUAAUGAUAGCUCACUUGAGAUUAUUAAGGAAAUUCUUAAAGAUUUGAAAGUAUGUAUUAGUUACAAACAAAGGAUGAAAUAUUAGUUGAAGGAGAUUAAUAUCUAUUAUUUUAAUAUAGUUUUCUGGGAAUUUCGGGAUGCAUCAUAUAAUAAGAAUGGAUAUAACUUGUUUAAGCAUUAACAUUAACCUAAAUAAGGAGAUUUCUUUUAGAAAUGUGGAGGAUUUUUUAAUGAGCUUGGUUUUUCAUUCCAGAUCUAAUUUAAUUAAGAGCUCAGAUGA